GUGAUCAUUCCUCUGUCUCUGUACGUGACCAUCGAAUUGAUAAAAUUGGGGCAAAUCUUUCACAUCCAUAAAGACCCGCGUUUUGUCGAUAAGACAAACGGCAAGAAAGUGGUCUGUCGUGCGCUCAACAUCACCGAAGAUUUGGGACAAAUAGAAUUCAUAUUCUCCGAUAAGACCGGAACACUCACUGAGAAUCACAUGGUGUUUAGGCGCUGUUCCAUCGGUGGCAUUGACUACAGCCACGAGAGAGUCCGUCCCACCGGUGGUGACGACGAUUCCGACGAAGACUUUGUACUAAACCCUUAUUUGCAGGAAGAGUUGUCUCUCAUGAGUCAACGGAUGCCGCCGUCUGAAGAGGAAUCAAAUCAACCGAACUCUUCGUACGAACUGUCGGAUCAAAACCAACGAAUUCAAGACUUUUUCAUUCUGUUAGCCGUUUGCAACUCAGCGGUCGCCUCGAGAUAUCCACAUAAGGAUCAGAUGACUGCCAGCGGACAGUAUAUUAACAAAGAGUCGGCCAAAGAGGAGACCACUCAGAGUCCGUCCGGUCUUAAGAGACCGAUCGCCGCUCUGUUGUCGCUGUCAGGGCUGUUGACGUCUCCCAUAACCAAGACUCUGGUCCCGUCGUCUCGCAGUCCGUCGCCUAUGCCUCUGAAACCCAUCUACGAGUCCGAGAGUCCCGACGAAGUGGCGUUAGUUAUCGCAGCCUUUCGUUACAGCGUUAAGCUAUUGAAACGCAACUCAGAGAUGGUUGUGCUCUCCCUUCCCAGCGAAGGACUCAUUGAGUUUAAAGUGUUGAAUAUUCUGCACUUUGAUUCGACGCGAAAAAAGAUGUCUAUUAUCUUACGGCACCCGAAGACUAAUGAGAUAAUACUGUUCUGUAAGGGCUCUGAUUCGGCUAUUUUGGAGAGUUUGGCCAAAACUAGUGACCCGCAGAUGAAUAACAUGAUUGAAAUCACGCAAAAACAGUUGAAUUCCUACAGUCGUAAGGGCAUUUCAGGCCAAGAGGGCACUCAGGCAGUGAUGGCCAGUGACUUCGCUUUGCCCCGAUUCCUAUACCUCGAGCGCCUACUCCUAGUGUACGGCAAUUGGAGUUAUUAUCGACUCUCGCGAACAGUUCUCUUCUUUUUCUAUAAAAAUGCACGCCUACUCCUAGUGUACGGCAAUUGGAGUUAUUAUCGACUCUCGCGAACAGUUCUCUUCUUUUUCUAUAAAAAUGCAAGCAGUGUUUUAGUGAUCUUUUGGUUCCAAUUCUUCUGUGGCUUUAGCGGAGCCGUAAUGAUAGACCAGUUAUACCUUAUGAUAGUGAACGCCAUAUUCACGGCAUUUCCACCCAUGAUUUUAGGCAUAUAUGACAGGGACUGUCCGGCGCGGCUUCUCCUAAAAAAGCCUCACUUGUAUGGAAGAGGCCGUAAAUCUCAAGUUUACACGGAGUACUCAUUUUGGGUGAAUAUGUUUGACGCCGCCUAUCAGAUUCACAGACCGCGAGAGUUGGCGAUAAUGUUGACGUCGUCCAAGACUGUCAUCAGACAAUUGGUGUCCCAAUGGGCCAGAAGUGGGCCGUCGGUCGCGAGACACGUGUCCUCGCAGUCAUCCUCAGCGCCUUCCUCUGGCUAUUCCUUCGAGUUGACCGAAGAUCAGAAGCAAAUGCUAGAAAUGGCCAAAAAGUUUACGCGCGAAGAGAUUAUACCGAAAGCUAGACAUCACGACGAGACCGGCGAAUACCCCAAAGACAUCAUCGCGAAGGCCCACGAGUUGGGUCUCAUGACCACAAGCAUACCGGAGGCGUACGGCGGACAGGGGCUGUCGCUUCUGGAGCACUGUCUCAUCGACGAGACGGUGGCGUACGGCUGCACCGGCAUCGGGACGGCGAUGACGGCCAACGCUUUAGGUCAGGCGCCGGUCCUACUGUUCGGUGACGAGGAGCAGAAGAAGGAGUAUUUGGGUCGCUGUACGGCCGGUCCCGUCAUGUGCUGCUACGCCGUGACAGAGCCGGGCGCCGGCAGUGACGUCGCCGGCGUCACCACCAAAGCCGUGAAGAACAAAGACGGAGAUUACGUGAUCAACGGGCAGAAGAUGUGGAUCACGAACGCCGGUUACGCCAACUGGAUGUUCGUCUUGGCGCGCACUAACCCCGAUCCCAAGGCUAAGGCCAGUGAGGCGUUCACCGGCUUCAUCGUGGAGGCGGACACUCCCGGCGUUGUCAUCGGCCGUAAGGAAUGGAAUUUAGGGCAGAGGUGUUCGGACACGAGAGGCAUUACAUUCGAGAACUGUGUCGUCCCGAAGAAGAAUGUGCUGAUCGGCGAGGGAAAGGGCUUUCGCAUAGCGAUGGGAGCCUUCGAUCUGACGCGCCCUCCGGUGGCCGCCGGCGCCGUCGGGUUGGCUCAGCGGGCGUUAGACGAGGCGACGAAGUAUGCCUUCGAGCGCAAGACGUUUGGCAUUCCCAUCGCCGGCCACCAGGCCGUCCAGUUCAUGCUGGCAGACAUGGCCAUCGGCAUCGAGACCUCGCGCAUGGCGUACCUCCGGAGCGCCUGGGAGUUCGACAGAGGCAACAGAAACACGUACUACGCGUCGAUCGCCAAGUGUUUGGCCGGCGAUGUGGCCAAUAAGGCGGCCGCGGAUGCCGUGCAGAUCUUCGGCGGCGCCGGCUUUAACAGCGAAUACCCGGUCGAGAAGCUCAUGAGAGACGCCAAGAUCUUCCAGAUCUACGAGGGAACCGCUCAGAUCCAGAGGGUUAUCAUCGCCAGAGAGCACCUAAACCACGCUAAGACCCACUUAUAG